GACCGUCGACGUUCUGCUCUGAGGACAUCUUUGAGCAUUCUUCGUCCAAAGGAAUUGUCGUUCCUCAUCAUACUUCAGCACAUCUAGGUGGUUUCAAUGAGUAAACAUUGUAAUCCGGUCCUCAUUAAGGCAGAGCGCUGUCGAUACAUAGUACCGCAUUACUCAUUUGUGAGCCGAUGUGCUCUGAAGGAUAUCCUGCACAUCCUUCAGCAACGUUCUGAAUAUCCUUAGAAGGGUCUCCUCCCGAAUCCCGACGUGAUGCUCUCUCCAAAUCGGGCAAGUCUCUUACUACAACAAAGAGGCUUUGCGCUGCUGGAUCCCUAUGCAGUAUACUAAUACCCUCGUCUCUCCGGAACACCACAGCAUGUGAACUAUUCUAUCGUUCUCGGGGAUGUAACUUGUUACCAGCGUUUGACCAUGGCCUUGCCGACACUUCGAAACGGAUGACUCGACGUUAGAGGUUUGCGAACAGGAACUAGUCUUCCUCUUUGUUCUUGCCUUCGUUCCACAGCUGACGAAGCAUGCUACCGAUACUCGCGAUGUCUGUUGAUAUCAACCCCUCAUGACGCCCUCAUUAUACCAUAGCCAUCGACGAAAGCACCAAUAACGGCAUUGGACUCCCCACCAUCCCCUUUCCAUCUCCUACCCGAAUGUCAAAAAUGUCUAGAGAACCUACACAAGGAGUCCGUCAUUGUUCCGAUUGUCCAUGACCCAACCACGAAGGUAUGACGAGGAGAUGUUAGCGCAACGAUAUAAAACAACAUUGGUGAUUAUGGUACGUCAUUCAAAAUACCUAGACACCUACGCAGCGUAAAUUCGAACCGACAAUGUCUACUCAAUCGCAAGGAUUCGCCAAUUCACCUACUGAAGGUGGUAGCACCUUACCCAGAGGUGCUGCGUGUCUUCCAUGCCGCAAACGCAAAAUGAGGUGCGAUGGAAAUCAGCCCGCCUGCGGCCAGUGCGUGAGCAAACGGAGAGAAGAAGACUGCGAGUAUACCACGGCGCCCGGUCUUACCAGGACUCAGAUGCUCGAGGAGAACAUUGCUCUGCUUGAAGCUCGCAUUCGUGAACUUGAGAAUCCUGAUGAGCGUCCGUCGGUCAAACUUCGCGACCCUCAUGCACCCAGCAUUCAGCUUGGACAGCUGGACAGUAUCGCACUGCCCAGCGGUGCAGGGAAAAGAGAUUCUGCCUUCAUGGCUGCGCAGACCGGCGGCUUAGGUCGGUCUCAGUUGGCAUUUCUAUGUAAACGUUUUGUAACUAGACCUAUAGGUAACAUUCCGCCUUUUUCCAACCCCAUCACCACUCAAGACAAAUCCCGCCUGAUCGAUGCGUUCGUACUGCAUGCGUCACAAGUCGGAUUCUUUCUCCACGCGCCUCGACUUCUAAUGGCGGCCUACGGUCCAGUAGCUCGUGGUUCUCUCUUAGAAGCUUUGCUGAACGCGAUCUACGUUUGGGGCAGCCACUUCUCUGUUGACCCAACAUUGCGUGGUCGCGAAGCCGAAUUACUCGCUCUGGCUGUCCACGGUGUCUCAGGCUCACUCUUCGUCUCCGCCACUGCUCAACGUGGUCAAGACAUCCUCUAUGGCAUUCAAGCGGAGGUUCUCUUAGCUAAUUACUACUUCUCCAAUGGACGCUUUCUCGAGGGCAGAUAUCACACCAGUGCCGCUAUCUCUCUAGCUAUCAGCUGCAGGCUCAAUCUCAUUCGCAGUAACCAAGUAAUUAGUAUGGAAGGCGGUUCGGCUAUGAUUAUGGUCAGUACUCAGACUGCCGCUCUGGUAGAUCCUUUAGAUGGUAUUGAAGAAGGCGAGAGAAUUAACGCCUUCUGGGCGGUUUAUGUUUUGGAUAAGACUUGGGCCGUUGCUUUGAAGUCUCCCUCUGCCAUUUCGGAGGACGGGUUAUGGGGCAUUCAGAUCGAUACACCUUGGCCUCUUGCCAUGGAAGCUUACGAACGGGGUGCGCUGGCAAACGUAUUUAGCAGCAAUACAGUUCAGACUUUCCUUGCAGGAUUGGUCGUCACACCCGAUAUGGGACAUGCUCCUCUUGCUCUCCGAGCUCAAGCAACGAUUCUAUAUAGUCGGGCUUCAUGGAUGGCUUCACAGUAUAGAGAUGGGAUGCCGAACAUAGCCACCUUGCAGGACGAAUGUCUCGCCUUCGACGGCUUUGUCACAAAUUUCAUUAGUACCUUGACUAUCAACCCUCGGAAUCGAGAUGACCUGGUCACCUUAACGCUUGCUCGCGUAGCUCUGAUUCAGUUACAUGUCAAUUUCGCAAGCACGGAGAGAAGGUCCCGCGAUUCAUGCAUGGCCGCGGCGAGGGCUGCACUCGCUGUCAUUCGCGACAUUUGUGCCGCCGAACUGGGGUACAUCGAUCCUAUCAUGGCAAUAUUGUGGACAGCCAUUGGCCAAGUCUUCAUUCGCGAGAUCGAUAGAGUCAAAGCCAAGGGCACAGGACAGGCUGGUGGAGAUGCGUACUUGAAUGAUUUGACUUCUUGCGUUGCCCAAACCACAGCUCGUAUGGCCGACUUCAGCUCUAUCUGCCCAAUCAUGGCGAUCCAGGCCACUCAACUCCAGCAGGCUUACCAGGGCGUCAUGUAGAAGUCAGUCCAAGGAUGCAGAGACAAUGUUCCCAUAAGAGUCGAGCGCAAUACUUCCUCGGCAACAAGUCACUGAGUCAAGAAUCAAACAAAUAGACAACAAACGGGCAGUUUCGACGUAGAUAAUGAAUGGUAAUAUGAUGAGAUUCUGCAUUCUUCCAUAGACUUUGAAUAGACAUAGACGGGGACGAGACGCAGCAUUAUCUCUCAACCAAUAGAUUCGUAGCACAUAU